CGCCCCGAUGCCGGGUGUUCUUGGUAGAGGAUCGCGGCUCUUCCUCGGCUGGCCGCGGAUGAUGGGAGUGGUUGUCUCACCGUGUCCACGAGCGGGGAGGUGAGCCAGCGCCCGUGGCCCAAAACCUCCUGCGGCUCCUCCUGGGACGGAGCCGCCGAGGCGCUUUGCACGUGCUCAGAGGCGCCCUCGCCUCCCGCGCCGCUAUGGGGAUCGUCAAGCUGGCCGAGCUGAUCAAGGAGGAGGCCCCCGACGCCCUGCGCCCCGCCAGCCUCCAGGAGUACCGCGGGCGGGUGGUCGCGCUGGACGCUUCCGUGGCCAUUUAUCAGUUCCGCACAGCCAUGCCAGAGAUCAUCAACCGCCAUGGGCAGAACAUCAGUUCCUUGCAGGGGCUCUUCUUCCGGACGCUGCACCUCUUGCAAAACGGCCUCAAGCCCCUCUUCGUCUUCGAUGGGAAGCCCCCACAGCUGAAGCAGCCGGUGCUGGCCAAACGGGACGCCGUCUCUGGAUCCAGGAGGGGGGCUGCAGCAGGGCCCCCAAGACGAGACUCAGAGACUCUCUUGACCCUCCUGGGAGUUCCUUACAUCCAGGCUCCUGCGGAAGCCGAAGCCACAUGUGCCGCCCUGGUGAAAUCUGGACACGCCUGGUGUGCAGCCACGGAAGACAUGGACGCCCUGCCCUUUGGGGCCGUGCGCCUCCUGCGGCAUCUUGGCCUGACGAAGAGCCGUCUGGAAGAGAUCUCCUUGCCCAUCGUCCUGCAAAAGCUGGGAAUGACUCAGGAGCAGUUUGUGGAUCUCUGCAUUCUGCUGGGCUGUGAUUACUGCCGCAAAGUCCGAGGGUUGGGCCGCAAGAAGGCGCUGAAGCUGCUGCAGCUGCACGGGAGCAUCGAGGAGGUGCUGCGGAAUACCAGUCGUAAGAGCCAUCCUGUGCCGGACGGCUGGUGCCUGGAGGAGACGCGGCGGCUUUUUCUGCAGCCGGAGGUGACAGAUCCGACCCAGUUGGUGCUGGAGUGGAAGGAGCCGGACGAGGAGGGCUUGGUGAACUUCCUUGCGCACAAGAAGCACAUGAAAGAGAGCCGAGUUCGGGGUCGCCUGAAGAGGUGGCGAGACACCCGCCAGAAGCUCAGUGAGGCCCGGGAAUCCAAGGCCAAGGGAAGACCAAGGAAGGCAGCCAAGACCAUGAAGGAUUUCUUCCCGGUCCAGAAACGUCCAAACAAGGCGCCCACCCGUCCACCUGCCAGGAAGAAGCAAAAGUUGUCUGAAACAGCCCCAGGGAUUUGAAGGAGCGGGGCCCUUGGUGCUCUCCGAGCUUGGUAGUUUUCCUGUUAGAUGUUUCAUUACCGAACUAGGUAACGCCAUCCGUUCCCUUUGCCUUGCACUGGAGGCCUCGUCAGGUUCCAGGAAAAGCCUCUGCUGUCCUUCAACACAAACACACAACUGUCGAUACGAGCAUCGCAUCGAUCAGAUUCGGCGCCUUUCAGCUGAGCAAAAUCGGCCAAAAGGUUGAUGCCACCUUACAGAUUAAGGGUUAGGGUUAGGGUUGGACCGUGGGGUCCUUGUUGCUCUCUUGAGCUUGGUGGAUUUUUUUGCAGACGUUUCAUAACCCAACUAGGGAACCUCAUCAGUGCUAGAAGGAAGGAGGUUAGGUUGCUCCCUUUAUAUACAGUAGCUUUCCUGGACGGUGUUGAUGGGGCUGUAGCUUUCUCCUCGGUAGUUCAUAGAUUAGGGUUUUGUUUCCUGUUGGAUUCUUUAUCUGGUACCUGAUAAAAAAGCAGAUAUUUGUAGCUCAGGGUUGAACUGUGGGGUCCUUGCUGCUCUCUGAGCUUGGUGCUUUGCUUGCAGUUGUUUCAUGACCCAACUAGGUAACAUCAUCAGCACUGGAAGGGAGGGGGAAUUGUGUAGAGAAGGAAGAGGAAGGGGGCUGUCCAGGUUUGAUAGUUUUCCUGCAGACCUUUCAUUACCUAACUAGGUAACGAAAUCAGGGCUAGAGGGGAGAGAAUAGCCACAUUUCAAUACCGCAACCAUGUUUCAUAUUAUGCCUUUUCAUUGCCUUCCAGUCACCUGGAUCAGGCAGAUGGAAAAUUUCUAUGUUUUCCCCCCUUUGUUUUGGGGAGAGAGUAAAAAGGGUCAGGAGGAUAUCUUUACAUUGUUCUCUUUCUCCUCACCUAUUUAAAUGACAGGCCGGUUUCUGCAUAAUCUACCUUUGGCUAAAGCUCUGGGGGUUUGGUGAUCUCUGGCCCCAUUAAGGUGAUGCAUAAUAAAUGGAUUCAUUUGAAGAAGCUUGUGAGACCCUGUUGCUUUUACUGCAAGGACCAUACCUGUUAUUUUAUCCUGUUGGAAAAGAGGGCUCCCCUCCUUUUAGAAAUCGUCACAAUUUCUUUUUCCUACUAGAAUUAAUCUCAAAGGCAGCAGGCUGAAGAGUAAAAAAAGUCAAAAUGAUGGACACUCCUGAUUUAAUGUAGGAAGUCUCUUCCAGGGUAUUUUGGCAAACAUUUGGUGACAAACCAGACCAACAAUUGGAUUUCCUAUUUUAAAAAUUGGGACCAUCCGUUAUUGCACGUUUCUUUGUCCCAACAAUAUUUGAUGUAUUAUGAAACCAAGAAGGCUGGCUGUGCGCUCCUAAAAGUUCCUCCUGAAUUGUCAGUUUUUUAACAGGAAGAGAAAAUUACUAAAUAGAUGACAAGGUUAUUUAUAUCGGUUAUAUCAGUUUGAGUUAUAUCGAAAUAUCAAAUCAAAUGUACUUUUUUUGUCCCUGUAUUACGAAAUAGGUUACUGGAUUUAGAAGGUCAUGAUUGGAGAUUUGGGGGGGGUCUUCUUUGUAACUCCUGGUAUGACAAAGCUAAUAUAGAUUUUAAAAAUGGUUAUGUCAGGUGGGCUAUUCUAGAGUGUAGAAUAAAUAGAAACAGAAAUUCUGCCCCAAAACACUUUUUGUGCCUUUCAAUUCGAGAAGUAUUUUAUGGAUGAGAGAAAUGAUAAGUAAUCAUAAAUUGACUAAUUUAUCCUGAUGUACUUGAAUUUUCUCAAGUGGAUUGUAAAAUAAAAUGUAGAGAAGAUUUAACAAUAGACGGAUAUCUUUGUCAAUAAGUUUUUUUUUAUGUAAAACUUACGGUGGCUAAAAUAUGUUACGGUUUUGAACAAUGUAAGUUUGAAACAAAAUUAUGUACUAAGGAUGAGUAUGUUAUUUUUAAAAUGUAUAAACUUUUAUUGAAACUUGAAACAGGAGAACAACAUGUGAAAGAAUGCAUGAUAAAAUGCACUAAAAACUUGGCUGCAAUAUACAAAGGGAACAAUGGGAAAAUAUGUAGUUGAAAGGAUUAAAAUGUACAUUGUAUUCUAACCUUAAAGAGAAUUUUUUAUAAAAUGAUGUAUUGUUGAUAUUUGUUUCCAGAGGAAUUGUCUUGAAUGUAUAAAGAUAGAGGCAAUCCUCCACUCAAAUUUUCUAUUGUUAAGUGAGUUUUGCCCCAUUUAAUGACCUUUGUUGCGACAGUUGUUAAGUGAAUCUGGAAACUGGAAAUCCCUUACAGACAUUUUGCAUGAGAGCGGAAAAAAAUGCACUUACAACUUGUGGCUUUGAUUAUUAGAAAAAAAAUAAUAGAUAAAAGAAAAAAGUGAGCUUUUUUAUAAUCAUAGGGUAACAAUUUUUUGUAAUUGUACUUAUAUUUGCCACAAAAGAAAUUGGAAGCGUCUUUGUAUUUUUUUUUUAUUAUUAUUAUUCUUUCUCUUAGCACUUUGGGAUUUUUUUCUUUCUUUCUUUCCAAUCCGUAUUACUUGGUGUUUGUUUUUACGUUCUCUGUAAAAAUUUUAAUAAACUUUAGUUUUAAAAAUUAA